AUGGCUGUGGCCGCCUCAUGGGGCGACGCCGUGGGCGAGCGCCUGCGGCGCUGGCUCCGCUUCGGCUCGCUGUCGCUCAGCCUUGCUGGAUCGCAGGUGAUAUGGAGCCUCGAGCUCGCGUACGGCACGCCGUACCUGCUCUCGAUCGGGCUCUCCAAAGAGGCGACGGGGUACGUGUGGCUGGCGGGGCCGCUCAGCGGCCUCGUGAUGCAGCCCGUGCUCGGCUCGCUGAGCGACUCGUCUACGUCCUCAUUUCGACGGCGCAAGUACAUGAUCGGGUGCAGCGUCGUCGUGGCGCUAGCGACAUGCGUCGUGGCAUUCUCGGAGCCACUCGCGAGGCUCCUGCUCGACGUGCUGGGCGUGGGCCUCGGCGACUGGGACCCUGUGCGACACCGGCACACGGCCGCAUUCACACAGGUUCUGAGCGUCCUCGGGUUCUGGGUGCUCGACUUUGCGGUCAACGGCCUGCAGGUCAUCGCGCGCGCCCUUAUCCUUGACCAUGCGAGCGCGUCCGAGCAGAACGAGGCAAACGCGUGGCACGGGCGCAUGCUGCACAUCGGCAACAUUGUCGGGUACUGGUGCGGCUGGGUCGACCUCGCGUCGUGGCCAGCGCUCGCGUGGCUCGGUGGCGGGCAGUUCCGCCGCUUUGCCGUUCUGAGCCUGGUGUGCAUGGGCGUCUGCGUCGGCAUUACGUGCGUCACAACGCACGAAUCCAACAGCCGCUGUCCCAUGCCCGUGGAGGAGAGCCUGUCGCGACGCGUCGCGCGCUCGGUCCACCAGGUGUACGACGUCGGCCGCGCGCUGCCGCGCCCGAUCCUGCGCGUGUGCGUGGUGCAGGUCUUUGCGACGAUGAGCUGGUUCCCGUUCCUCUUCUAUGGCACUACGUAUGUGCUAGAGAUGGCGCACCAUGCGACCAAGCACCAGAAAGAGGACUACGAGAAAAGCGCGAGCUUUGCGAUGCUCCUCUUUGCGCUCCUGGCAUUAGUGAGCGGCUCCGUGCUUCCGACGCUCUCGCUUGCUGGCACGCAGGACGCCGCGCCACGCACACACGGUCUCACGCUGCGCACGCUGUGGACGUGCGGUGCCUUGCUGCAGGGCCUCAUCCUGCUCGGUACCUUUUUUGUGCACACGCGCGCACAGGCCAUGCUCCUGCUCGUGCUGAUGGGCGCCCCGUGGAGCGUGUGGAUGUGGGUGCCGUACGCAAUGAUUGGCGAGUUUGUGCGCGAGGCCGAGGGCCAGGGUGUCUCGCCGCCGCCCGACGCGGAUGAGCAGCUGCCGGCACAGCGCAUUAUGGAGCGGCCCCGCAGCCUCGCGUCUGACGAGACGCCGCGGCUUCCGCAUGGGCCCAGCACGCUCGAUCGCGAGCGGCACGCGCCCUCGUCGCGCACCAUCUCUGCUUCGUAUGGCGCCUCGAUCGUGUCGCGCGGACCCGACGUCGUGAAACCCGACGACCUCGGCACGCGCGACCACAGCGCGUGUGGCGGCACGGUGCUGGGCAUCCACAAUCUGUCCAUUGUGAUUCCGCAGUUCGUGGUCGCCUUUGCUGCGUCGCUCAUUUUCCGCCUCACGCACGGCCACCACGGCGACGUGGCAUGGGUGCUGAGGUUCGGUGGCCUCAUGGCCUUUGUGGCAGCGGCCGCCACGCGGCUCGUGCCGCUGACCAUGACGGAGCGGCGCAGCUGCCCUCAUGCAUAUACGCUGCUCCCUGAUGACGAGGAGGCCGAGGUGGAUGCGGACUCACCGGAGGUCGCGCCGCCCGGCCUCGCUUCCCCUGGAUAG